AUCAUGUCUUUCCUUGUGGACUCUGUUAUCAUGUUCACCUCGCAGGUGCUGUUUUUUGGUUUUGGCUGGUUGUUCUUCAUGCGGCAACUUUUCAAAGACUACGAGGUGCGGCAGUAUGUUGUCCAGGUGGUGUUUUCCGUCACCUUUGCUUUUUCGUGUACCAUGUUUGAACUUAUCAUCUUCGAGAUCCUGGGUGCCUUAAGUAGUAGUUCAAGAUACUUCCACUGGAAGCUGAAUUUGUACGUGAUUUUGCUGGUCCUCAUCUUCGUCGUGCCUUUCUACAUCGGCUACUUCGUCGUCAGCAACAUUCGUCUCUUGCACAGACAGAGGCUGCUCUUCGCGUGCAUGGUGUGGUUUACCUUCAUGUAUUUCUUCUGGAAGCUGGGAGAUCCUUUCCCCAUCUUGAGCCCGAAACACGGAAUCCUCUCCAUCGAGCAGCUGAUCAGUCGUGUUGGUGUUAUCGGCGUCACCCUCAUGGCCCUCUUGUCUGGUUUUGGUGCUGUCAACUGCCCCUACACUUACAUGUCUUAUUUUCUUCGGAAUGUCACAGACAGCGACAUACUUGCGCUUGAGAGAAGGUUGCUCCAAACUAUGGACAUGAUCGUGAGCAAGAAGAAGAGAAUUGCGAUGACUCGGCGGCAGAUGUACCAGCGAGGAGAAGAUCAGAACAGGCAGACUGGAUUCUGGGGCAUGAUCAAGAGUGUCACCUCGACACAAGCGGGCAGCGAGAACCUGUCUCUGAUCCAACAGGAGGUAGACGCUCUUGAGGAGCUGAGUCGGCAGCUUUUUCUUGAAACGGUGGACCUGCAGGCUACAAAGGAGCGUAUCGAAUAUUCCAAGACAUUCCAGGGAAAAUACUUCAACUUCCUGGGAUACUUCUUCUCCAUCUAUUGUGUUUGGAAGAUCUUCAUGGCCACCAUAAAUAUUGUGUUUGACCGUGUUGGAAAGACCGAUCCUGUGACGAGAGGCAUCGAGAUAACAGUCAACUACCUGGGCAUCCAGUUUGAUGUGAAGUUUUGGUCGCAACACAUCUCGUUCAUUCUGGUGGGAAUCAUCAUCGUCACGUCCAUAAGAGGUUUACUCAUCACUCUCACGAAGUUCUUCUACGCCAUAUCCAGCAGCAAGUCGUCCAACGUCAUCGUGCUGGUCCUGGCUCAGAUCAUGGGGAUGUAUUUCGUGUCGUCGGUGCUGCUGAUGCGUAUGAGCAUGCCGCUGGAGUACCGCUCCAUUGUGACCGAGGUUCUGGGUGAGCUGCAGUUCAACUUCUACCACCGCUGGUUCGACGUCAUCUUCCUGGUCAGCGCUCUGUCCAGCAUCCUCUUCCUCUAUCUGGCCCACAAGCAGGCGCCAGAGAAGCACAUGGCUCUGUGAUCCAAAUCUGAACUGGGUUUUGUCAUCCAGAUAUUUCCUUUGUUCUUUUAUUAUCUUAAUUCUUUGUAAAUGUGAGAAAGGGCUGUUCCUGAAUCAGGGACGUUGGAAGUCAUGGAGGAGGGAUUUUUUUGAAAAAAACAAAACUUGAAUAAAGUGUUUUGCGAUUGAAUAACUUUGUUUUAAAGUGUUUUAAUGAGCGCCCCCUAUUGAGCAACUACCACCUUAAAAAUGUACCAACCUGUGCCUUUUUUUUCUAGUUUUAAUGGUGGCGCUAUUGCGUUCAUCUGUACGUGUCUUUUUAUCAUGCAAAACUUUACUGCAAAAACAUUCAGCGACAAAAAACAACAACCCAGAUCAUGGUGGACCUGAAGCUUUAUUCUUCCACUUUAUAGCAUGAGCUUUGUGUUGCACAGAUUCAUUUUAUUCAUACACAUUAAAUAAAAGGUGAGCUACUUUCAGAAAAUCACCGUGGUGGUCAUGUAAGGCUAAUCAUGAUUCAUAUCGAUGGCAUUGAAAUGUUGAC